AUGGUUUCCACUUCGUCUGUUGCCGGCAUUGUUUCCGGCCGGAACCCGCUUGAAUACGUGCCGCUGUCGCCGUACACGCUAUUUUUGUUUCAGGCGGUGUUCAUUCUCUUUCUCUGCCAGCUUCUUCACUGGCCCAUGAGAAAGUUGCAACAACCAAAAGUCAUUGCUGAGGUUGUGACGGGGAUCUUGUUGGGCCCGACCGUUCUUGGCCGAAUUCCGAAUUUCACCGACACUUGUUUUCCCAAGGAAAGCAUCCCUGGAAUGACUUUAAUAGCCAAUGUGGGCAUCAUUUUGUUCUUGUUCAUUGUGGGGUUGGAAGUUGAUCUUCACUACAUCAAGAAGAACUUCAAAGUCGCUGUAUCGGUGGGGCUUAUUAACAUGGCCAUUCCUUUUGGCUUGGGCUGUGCCAUCUCUGUGGGCUUGUAUAAUGAGUACAGGUCAGACGAAACUAUGGCAUCGAUUGAGUUCACCACGUAUAUGGUGUUCGUUGCUGUGGCUUUGUGCAUCACUGCUUUCCCGGUUUUGGCUCGUAUUUUGGUUGAGUUGAAUCUCAUUGGCGAUAAAGUGGGCACCAUCGUGUUGGCCGCGGGCAUCAUGAACGACUUGACAGGCUGGAUCUUGCUUGCGUUGGUGGUGACCUUGAGUAACGCAGACAACGGCAUCAACACCCUUUACAUUUUGCUCUUGACGUUUGCAUGGUUCCUUCUUUUGGCCUACCCUGUACGCUUGGCUCUCAGAUGGUACUUGAGGAAGUUCACCAAUGAGUUGGCUACCGGUGAGCCAUCUCAGUUGCUGAUGGUUAUCAUCAUUGCCAUGGUGUUUGUGUCGUCCUUCUACACUGACAUUAUUGGCGUGCACCCUAUUUUUGGUGCGUUCAUGGUCGGUGUGUUGGUGCCUCGAGAUAACGGCUAUGUGAUUAAGAUCACAGAAAAGCUAGAGGAUAUGGUGCACAUUGUCAUGAUUCCGAUCUACUUCGCCUUGGCUGGUUUGAAUGUCAACUUGGGUGACCUCAAUAGAGGCAUCGAUUGGGCAUACGUGAUAGGCGUGAUUGUGUUGGCCAUGGUCGGCAAAGUUGCCGGUGGUUUAAUUGCUGCAAGGCUCAAUGGGCUUUUCUGGAGAGAGUCUCUCACAGUGGGCGUGUUGAUGUCGUGUAAAGGUAUUGUGGAGAUUGUCGUGUUGAAUGUGGGUUUGAAUGCUAACAUCAUAUCCAGAAGGGUCUAUUCAAUGUUCAUUGUCAUGACUUUGGUUACGACCUUUUUGACCACCCCAUUGACAUUGUUGUCUUAUCCUGUGAGCUACAGAGAGCUGGUGGCUCGUCACAGAGGCACACUCAACAAGGAUGUGGACUCCGAAGGUGAAUUGUUGGGCUCUGUGUCCGAUUUGUCUUUGGGCAAUAUGAGUCGCUUCAAGUUGACCAAUAUCCUUUUGUUGCUUCGCAAAAUCGACACGUUGCCACACGUUCUUGCCCUUUUGAAGGACUUGACAUUCGACGAUUUCGACUACAGUGUCAAGGCCAUUCACUUACGUGCGUUUUCCUCCAGAACUUCACAUUUGCUCGAGGCUUCAAGUGCCAAUCCCGAGGUGGUGGAGUCCACGCCGACUGACUUGACUCAUUCACAGUCAAUUCUUUCUAUCGUCAAGGCUUUCAGUAGCAUUUUGCAUGUCCAUUUCUCGUCCAAGUCCAUCUUAGCUCCUCAGAGGAAUUAUGCAACAACCAUAAAUGACCAGAUUACUGGGCCAUCAAAUUUACUUCUUACUUCAUACACUCUUAGAAGCGUUUUGGAUUUUACCGAAGAGGAGAACGACUUUGACAUGUCAUACCGUUAUCUCUACGACAACUGCGAAGGGCAUAUGGCCAUCUUGCUUACUACAGGCGCAACAAGGACAGAUAAGAAGUGCACAGUGAGAAUGAUUUUAGAUCAUGACAACUUGCUCAGCUCAAACGAUCUUCUUGGCUUAUACUUGGUCUCUCAGUUGGCCAAGGUGCAUACUGAGGUCCACAUUUAUGUCAAAUCUAGCAUGGGGGCUUCGAAUGAGUUGGAGAAGCAGUUUGACGAGUACAUCAAGUCUAGUGGUCCAGGCAUUGAUCUCACUAUAUCCUACUUCAAGGAGUUUUCUGACAUUGCUGGUGAAGUCAAGCACGAUCCUGCCCUGGCUGGCGAUGUUUUUGUGAUGUCUCACGAAUACUUGGACUCGGAGGUGAAGGACGAGUUGUUAAGGUUCGCGAUACGUGAGGAAGUUGAGCUUCUCGCGGUAAAAGCCGCCAACAACGUAGAGUAG